AUGUUUUUCAGUGUGGUCAUUUCUAUCUAUCUAUCUAUCUAUCUAUCUAUCUAUCUAUCCGGAGGCAGAGAGUUGACUAACACAGCUGGAGACGAAUCUCUCAACUUGCAUUUUAUGCAUACUGCAUUAUUAUCGCUGUCUUGUCUGUCACAACAGAGAUUGAACUUAUUCUCUUCUCUUAUUCUCUUCAUAUUCUCAACUUAUCUACUAUUAUUCUUAUUUUAUUCUUUUAUUCUCUUCUUAUUCUCUUCAUAUUCUUUUCAUAUUCUCUUCUUAUCUACUAUUAUUCUCUUAUUCUCCUCUUAUUCUGUACUUAUUUACUAUUAUCCUCUUUAUUCUCUUCUUAUUCUCUUCUUAUCUACUAUUAUUCACUUAUUUUUUUUUUAUCUCUUUUUAUUCUUUUAUUCUCUUCUUAUUCUUUCCUAUUCUCUUCUUAUCUACUAUUAUUCUUUUUUUAUUCUUUUAUUCUCUUCUUAUUCUCUUCUUAUUCUCUUCUUAUCUACUAUUAUUAAUUUUAUUUUCCAUGCAAAAAAUGCGACAAAAUUUCACUUCCUACUUUCUUUUAAUGAUCUUUCUUUCUUUCUUUCUUUCUUUCUUUCUUUCUUUCUUUCUUUCUUUCUGAUACACCCUAUCUACUUUCUUUCUUUCUUUUUUCUUUCUUUCUUUCUUUCUUUCUUUUUGAUACACCUUAUCUACUUUCUUUCUUUCUUUCUUUCUUUUUGA